GGGGCUCCCCUCUUGGCGGGAGGGGCGCCGAUCUUGGUGGGUGGGCGCUGCACGGAGCCGUGUGGGCCCUCGCCCAGCGGGCCAGUGCUGACCGGGGCCCCUGUCCCUUCGGUCCAGGAGCAAGCGGGUCAGCGGAGGUGGAGGAGGACGGACGGCUGCGCCGGACCGGAGCUCCCCGACCCCCAGCGGUGCCUGCGGCGGGGAGUUUCGCAGCUGGGGGGCCAUCGGCCGACGGUGAUCGCAUGCCCCGCUAGCUGCCCGCGAUGGCCUUGCGGGGGCUCUGGCUCAUCAGCCACGAGCAAGGGGCCCGUGGCACCGUGCUGUUUUCCAGGCGUUACCCUACAGUGGAAAAGCGAGCCACGUUCUUCAAUGGAUCAAGCUAUGUGCCUGUGCCAGAAGACGGCCCUUUCCUUCAAGCGUUACUGUUCGAACUGAGGCUGACAGACGAUGACACCAGCUUUGUAGAGCGCCGGGAUGGCUGCUCCCGAAUCAGCAAGACUUCCGUCUACGCGCUGCAGGCCGAGAGAGGGGAGCUCUGGCCCGUGGUGGCCUUCCAGAAGAGGAGACUGAUCUACGUCGCUCUUCCUUUGGUCGAACAGUCGGUAACGCCGCGCCCACCCCUCUUCGGCAUCAGCGGGGUAUCCCAGGCCUUUGACCUCUUGUCCAGGCUGCUGGUUUUCAUGAGCGCCGGCCAGAAGGGCGAAGGGGAGAGGAAUGCCAAACUGGGGCAGCUCCCUAGCUUGCUCAUGCAGGCCUGUCCGCUCGGCACCCCGCUCGAUAGCAGCCUGAGCAGCCCCGAAAACAAUGCAGCCACUCCGGGCGGCCAGCCGCCGAAGCCGCCUGCCUGGAGAAGCAGCACAUACAAGGGAAAACCCCAGGUGAAUGUCUGUAUCACAGAAAAAGUCAAGUCUGUCCAGUAUGACAAUGGGGACCUGGCAGACGUGUGGCAGGUUUACGGGACUGUAACUUGCAAGUGCGACAUCGAAGGUGCCGCUCCCAGCGUGACCAUCAGCCUCAACCUCCCAGCCAACGGCUCCCCGCUCCAGGACAUCCUUGUCCACCCGUGCGUCUCCUCCCUGGACUCUGCCAUCCUGACCUCCAGCAGCGUGGGCAUAGCGGACGACUCGGCCUUCAGUGGACCCUACAAAUUCCCUUUAAUUCCGCCUCCGGACCAAUUCAAUCUGUGCUUUUAUACUUCCCAGGUGCCUGUGCCUCCCUUUUUAGGCUUUUACCAGCUGAGAGAAGAAGAAGCCCAGUGGAAGUUCAGCAUUCACCUUAAGCUUCAUGAGAGUGUGAAAAAUGCUUUCGAAUACUGUGAAGCCCGUGUUCCCUUUUUCAACAGGGGGCCCAUCACGCACCUGGAGUACAAGGUCAGCUACGGCCAACUUGAAGUGUCGAAGGAGAAGAGCCUGCUGGUUUGGGUCAUAGGACAGAAAUUCCCCAGGUCACUGGAGAUCUCCCUGACCGGGACAGUCACUUUUGGUCCUGUAAGCCAGGAGCAGCCAGUUGAUCCAGUGUGUGCUGGAGGAACUGCCUACGUCAGACUUUAUUUUAGAAUCCUCGAUUUCACGCUCACCGGGUGUUACACAGAGCAACAUUCCAUCCAGAUGUUUGCAUCAGGAAAACCAAAGAUCAGCACAGCUCGGGAAGUGCUGUCUUCAGAUUACUACAUCUGGAAUUCCAAAGCCCCGGCACCUGUCAUGUAUAGAACCUUACUUUUCUAGUUUCUCCUCACCCUUGUACUAGGAAUGAAAAAUAAAUUUUCUGAAACGUU